AACAGAAGCAAAGAUUCACCUCUCGCUCCGGCUUCUACUGGAUCUUCGGCGCAAAGAGGUGCAAGCUAUGGAAGUCGCCAAGAUCGACCUCCGCGGCGUGGAGUCCGGCGGGCCGGGGUGGGAGGCUGCCCGCGCCGCGGUGACCGCGUCCAUGACGGCGCACGGCUUCGUCGUCGUCGCGCACGACGCGCUCGGCGCCGACCUCCGCCGGGCGCUGUUCGCCCGCGCCCUGCCGGAGCUCUUCGCGCUCCCGCUCGAGGCCAAGAAGCGCAACGACACCAAGGGCCAGUUCAGGGGCUACAUCGGACCGCUCCCCGGCGCCAACUGGGAGAGCCUCGGCGUCGAGGAGCCCACCGAUGCCGCCAGCGUCCGCGGCUUCGCCGACCUACUGUGGCCGGACGGCAACCCGGAGUUCAGUGCGACCAUCGUGUCGUUCGCCAAGAACAUACUGAAGCUGGAGGAGAUGGUGGAGACGCUGCUCCUGGAGGGCCUCGGCGUCCGGGGAGAGAGCAUCGGCGCCCACUUCGACAUGCUCAGCGACAGCAUCAGGAUGUGGCGCUACGGCGCGCCGCUGGACACGGAGACCGCCGUGAGCAUGCAGGCGCACUACGACAUCACCAUGCUCACCGCGAUCGUGCAGCACGACGUGGAAGGCCUGGAGGUCCACGUCGGGGACGGGCGCUGGGCCGCCGUCCCUGCCGAGCCCGGCACCGUCGCCUUCGUCGCCGGCGAGCAGCUCAGGGUCGCCACGAACGGGCGCGUGCCGGCAUGCCUCCACCGCGUGCGGACGCCGAGCAACCGCGAGCGGUUCUCGGUGCUGUGCUACCGCCAGCAGAAGGACGGCGUCGCGGUGCGCGCGCUGGACGACCUCGUUGACGCGGAGCACCCGUUGCUGUACAACCCCUUGAGGCACGAGGAGUACAGCAAUUGGCGUUACUCCGAGGCAGGGCUCAAGUUCGAGGAUCCACUCAAAGAGUUCUGCGGUGUGGAGAAGGUCGGAGCCUAAGCUCGCGUGUCAGCAGCUUGUUGUUCCGUUUGGAAGUCGCCAUUAUAAAUAAUGUGAUGUUAUUCAGCAAUCCAGCACUGCUCACU